AUGGUUGCUCCGAAUAUCUGGUCCGUCGCACUGUUGGUUGCCGCAGGGGUUCAAGCUGCGCCAUCCAGAUCAGAUCCCGGAAAACCGCCAGUUGCUUUCAAAGGAAAGGCUAUCAAGAACCUGCUUGCGUUCGGAGACUCUUAUACCUAUGUCCAAGGUACACAGGGCCACUGGAACUAUAGCUUCAUUUCGGAUGCAUUCAAUUACACGUUCACUCCCAAACAACUACUCUCAAGCGAGAUUGUAAAGAACACAACGAGCUCCGGAGGGCCCAAUUGGGUCGAGUACUUGACGGGCUGCUACGAGGGCCUUCCUGCCCAUUGCUCAGGGACGAAGCUCUGGGACUUCGCCUUUGCAGGUGCCGACAUCAGCGCGCAGUACCUUCCGCUGCAUCACAACUACACGGUGGAUCUGGACGAGCAGGUGAAGCAGUGGGACUUGUAUGCACGCGACGCCUUGGAUCUUGAACCGACGGAUACGCUCGUUGCGUUCUGGAUCGGCAUCAACGACAUCAACGACAGCGCCAAGUUCACCAACGUGAGCUUUCCAGCGUGGUAUGAGACGCUAGUCGAAAAAUGGUUCGAUUCAGUGGAGCUCGUAUACGGCAGAGGUUACAGGAAAUUCCUCUUUAUGCUUCCGCCGCCGCUUGAAAAGACGGCAUCGAAUCUUGUCAGCGCCAAUCCGCUCCCGAAUGCCGCCAUGCUGGGCCAGUGGAACGCGGCGGUGCGAUCGCAAGUAGCUUCUUUUCAGGCCAGACACAAUGGCUCGAGCACUUUAGUGUUCGACACUUAUUCGUUCUUGAAUGACGUGGUGGCCGACGCUGCGCGCUACAAUAUACAGAACACCACAAGUUACUGCGAAUCUUAUGCCCAGCCGGACAUUCUGUGGAACUACGCGGCGUAUGGGUGUCAGCCCAUAUCGGAGUACUUCUGGUUCAACUCAGGGCACAUCACGUUUACCGUGCACGAAAUCAUCGCCAACGAGCUCCUGAAGCAGCUGGCGUGA